GAGCAGAAGAAGUAGAAUCUCGAGAGGAAGAUGAAGAAGCAGAGGAUGGUGAGCCAGAAAAUUCCAUAAUCCUGUCUGCGGAGGCGGCGAAUGUUCAAGGGCCGUGUGUUUCAUCAUAGGAGCUAAAAUCGACUGUACAUUAGAAGGCAUCUUCGAGAAAAAUAGUUGUUUGACAAAUGCCUGUCCUUCAUAUGAGCUAUCGGACAACUCUUGGAUUCGUCGUAAAAACUGGGUGGGGGUUCGCUCCCCGAGAUGCUUAUCCUGCAAGAGUGUGCAAAAUUUACUCUCAGCCGAGGGUGAGUUACGCCGCAGAACCUCGACUUUGAAAGUUUCGUAAGUCAUAUCCGGUGGGGUUCCUGUUAUCAUAUCUCUCACUGAAAGUGCAAGCGGAGAAGGAAUGCCAGUAAGAGUGAUGUGGAGUUUGCUCUGUGCUGACUGAAUUGUUAAAAGAAAUGAAGAACGAAUCCUGUUGUGAAAACCACAUCUUAACAUCUCCUUGAUAUUGAGGCAGAGGAAAAUGACUCAUCUUGGACGACAGUAGGAAAACGGAACGGCACGAAGAACAACUGGUUGAAGAAACACUGUUAGAAAUAGCAGUCAAAACACACUAGAUAAAAGAAGACGCGACGAGCCACGAACUAGGAAUUUGUUUUUUUUUUUAAUAGCAGAGGAUGAAAAUAGAAGAAAUCCUUGCUAGUUGAUAGGGAACAAAUUAUGGCCAACGCGUAGAUAAUCCGGGUGGUUGAGAGAAAGAAACUCAUACCUGACAUGUAGGAAAAUUUUCUGUCCAUGUGAAUUCUUGUGAAAAUUCCAGAUGAUUUUUUUUUUCCUUUUUUCUUUUUUUUUUUAUAAGCAAGAAGAAAAUUCUCUGGAACGCUGUCUUCCAAUGACCAAGAUGUAUUUUCGGUUACAACCCGAGGAAAAUGAUUUGCAGUUUCCCCGCUUGAAAAUGACACCAAAAUUUUUCCUGGUGAAGAAGACCAUAUGAUGACGAGAGACAUCAGUGGUAGCAUAUUCCUAUGCGAGGAGUGGUGGUCUGGUUGCGUCACGAAAGAGAAAAGGGAAUACGUCUUCACUGGUCUGUAUUCGCUCAGUGGUCACCAUUUCAGAUGAAUAUGUUCAUCUCCCACAUUGGGUUGUCAUUUUAGAAGUCUGUGUUCACGUCGGAGGUCACCAUUUUAGAUGAUGCAGGUCGUUAUGAGCCACCUAAUAUGACUUUCAGAAGGCUGUAAUUUCGCUGGUGGUAAACCCGGAUGAAAAACAUACAAGCGAGGUUGCAACUUAAACACGUUUAUUGUGGCCACGCGUAUAUUACACAAUGGGAUGAUAAAUAGAAUGGCUGGUGUGUAAAGGCCAUGGUCUUCUGUGCUAUGCUCCUAUCUUGUAGCUGGUGGGUGUUGAGAGAGGCUAGAUCACAUCUUUACAGUUCGAGGUCCCAGUACAGAAAGUGGAAGAGAUAAGGUCAUGUGGCUGAACCUUAAUGUUUUGUAACGCCUUCUAUCUCUGUAUAGCCAGCUUGUUUACCCGCUGUCAGGGGGAGUAAUGCGCCUACACCUUCAUGUCGCUAAUUUGACCGAAAAUGCUAUUCAAGAGCUCUGCCGUAUUUUCUUGAUGUAUUUUUGGCCGUUUCUCUUGAUGUAAAGCCUUCAGAUUAUUACCUAUUUUAGUUGCUCUCCAACAAUCUGCGACACGUUUGUUCAACGACUACGUGGUUCGAUUAAUUCUUCAAGUCAAAACCUGAUGAUUUUUACUGUCAAAGCAUUGCAAGCUUGUGUAACGUUGGCAAGAAGUCAUGAACAAUGAAAGAGAAUAUAUUAGAAUAAAUUAUUGACUGAUCUGUUAAAGUUGUUGAUGAAAAAUAAAGAUUUUUAGUGAGACCUAGAUUUGAAACCGUAUAGGUUUAGCAGCUAAAGAUUAGGCAGCUUCCAUGAAUAUGAGCCAAUCAUCUUGUUGCAAUAUCAACCCAUAUUAUUGAAAGUAUCAGAUGUUUCUGCCAAAAUAGAGGUUAUAAAUGCGAAAACAUAGUCAAACACACUAGAGGUGCCCAUAGGAAACACAGAUAAACAAGUCCGAAAGAAGACUGGUUUCUUGGCUGCUACUCGACCCCAAAUUUUAAAAAAACCGUCGACUAUGAAGAACAGAGUUUUACAUUGGUUAAAGCCACACUUGGUUUUACUAUAAAAAAAACAUGUACAUCAUUGUAUAAUAUAUUUUGCGUGUUCAUUUGUAGAAGUAACAAAAGAAACCAUCUAUAUUCCUUCGUAAAGUGGUACACGGAAUCAAAGCAAGAAACAUUACAAAUUCUGUUGGUUGUUGUUCACCAUCAUUUGAUAAUUCAGCUUGGGUCGUCGUUGGUUAUAUAUUAAUUUUCCUCUGGAAACAGCAGGAUGUGCAUAGCUCGUCUUGAUGAAAAAAAAACUCUCACCUCUCUGAUUCGUGAAUAAUCUGUCAAACCAAUUUAUGGAAAAGGAGGCUCCAGACCACAUACAGGAUUUGUUAUUUGAAAUAUAUUACGCGCAACGUGAUUGGACCUUCGAUCCAAUUCCUGCGUAAAAUUCAACCAAUCACAUCACGAGCUAAAGGCAAAUAACAAAAUGUAUUAUAACCGAACUAAACGAAAUCGGGUUUAAUGAGGGAGGUACCUUGUGAAAAAUCACCUGACAAAGCACAUCUGCACUGAAUAAUGCACCCCAACUAGCUGUACAACAUUUUGCCCACGAGGAGCCGAUGCACAAUGGAUUGAAACGAUCGUAGUGGUUAACAAAGAAUCCAUGUAAAUUCUAUUUUCUCAUGUUAUAUACAUUGUGUGUGUAUAAUAUACUAAGUCUCUUUCUUAUGUAUACUUCUUUUGUAAAUAACACUUUAACGUCUGAAGCUAUUCCAAUUUAUAUGAUUUACUUUCUAAAUCAUUCGACACGACCUGGAGUCGUUGUGUUUAUUUUUUUUGUAUUUGUUUCAUACUGAAACAGUUUGAUGUUUUCUAAAUUAACCAACAAUGUUUCUUUCUUACUUCAACAAUGUCUAUUUAGUUGUUCUGUUUGUCUUUUAUAUUUGAAAGUUCAUUCUGUUUUCGUAAUGCUUAACUAAUGUUUCAAUAUUCAUAAAUCUUGACGAUGUGCCGUGCAUCGCAAUAAUUAUGAGAUUUUUUUUUCACCAUUAUUGUAGCCCGAACAGUCCUUUUGCAGUAAGUUGCUAUCAUACUCAAGCUUGAUCUGAUUGUUUUCUCGCCAACACCAAUAAAAAUCUUUCUCUCUAAAUUUUCAAACAGGGUUUGAAAAUAAACAGAACAGCGUUGUUCUGUUUAUUUAUUUUUUUUUUUUUUUUGUAUCCAGAAGUUCAUUCUGCGAUCUUUUGAUGUGUCACAAUGUUCAUAAAUUCAGAUGAUCUGUCUGGCAUCGCAACAGUCAUAAGCAAUUUUGGUGCUACUGAAACUGCGGUAAGCACCCUAAAGGGUGCUGUCUACCGCAGUUUCAGUAGUCUGUGCUGUGAAAUUGUCUGAUUUGGGUUAACGUUAGGGUUAGGAACACUUUGAAAUUAUAUAUUGAAAAUUCAGACGGCUAAUAUGUGUUAGUGCCUCUUCAUGUCUACACAAGAAAUGUGGUUCUUCAUGAACUUCUGCAGUGAAUCAUACCCGUAUAGUAUUUUGGGAGUGAUAAAUAUAAUUUUCUCAUUUUCCUGUUAUUUUGACAUUUUUAUUUACUUUCUCGUCCUCUAAUUAUCAACUUUCCUCGGGUAACUUUUUCAAUAAUAAUUCCGUCUUUAUUGACGGCUGGGGUAUUCUAAUAUGUGUGUGCGUGUGUGUGUAAAAACUAACACUCCCUUUUUCCGAGCUGAGAUUCGAAACCGAAUCUAAGGAUUCUCGCUUGUCUGAUCCACCACUAAUCAAACAGGCGUGAAAGAAAUUUCUUUGUCCUGUCAAAUUAUGAUGGAUUGUUUCCCUUCGACCUCAGCCGUGUCAUUUAAGGUUCAAGUGGACAGGAGGUGACUACUUAGGUAGGAAUUUCUUUUGUGGUAUGUCUGUCCUUCUAGCUUUCACGACUUUUAUAAAUACAGUAAUCCGUCAAGGGACAGUCAGUCAGAGAAUCUUGUCAGAGACAGACGGUCAGUGAGAGAAGUAGUCAAGUCAGGGACGGAGAGAGAGAGAGACGCGCCACGAGAUAGCCAGCCAGUAAUUUCUCAGAUAUUCAACAUGAACGACAGUCGCUAUCGCAGAACAUAAACAGACACCACUGGAUGACCAACGCACACACAGACACAAACCAUGUCCGGUUCUACCCUAUCGUAUCCGCAGAUUUACCGUCACCAAAAUCAAGGCGAAUACAAUUAAAGGUUGAGUCGAUUCAGAUCUUUAAUAAAUCUAUUGUAUCCAGUAAUGGAGAUGCCUUUAGGAAUUAACAGUUUUCACGCCUUAUUAAAACUUGCUUUUUAAUCUCAUCAAUGUAAAACUCUUUUGGUUUCAAAGCGAAGAACUCUGAAAUGUCAGUUUCAACCUCCUCCUGGCUUGCAAAAGUUAUGUCCCCCAAAUAAUUCUGUAAACUACAAAACAAAUGGUAGUCUGAAGGAGCAAGGUUGGGAGAAUAAGGUUAUAUUUUUUGGAAAAUGAAAUUACCAGGAACUGUUCGAGAUCAAUUUAAUUGCAAUAAUCUCAAUGAUAAAAAACAUUCAUAAUAAUUUUCAUUGAAGUUCAUUUGAGAGAAUUAAACCAAAGGGGAAUUAUUUAGAGUAAUUUAUAGGAAAUGUUUCUUCCACAAGAGUCUGAAUCUUCAGAACCAGAUACACAAGCUGAGAAAAGAUUAUUUCCUUGCUCAACAUGUGGCAAAAGGUUUUUAAACAGAACACAUUUUAACAUACAUCAAAGGACACACACAGGAGAAAAACCUUUCAGUUGCGAAACUUGUGGUAAAAGUUUUUCGCAAAAAUGUCAUCUAAUACAACAUAUAAGGAUUCAUACCGGGGAGAGGCCAUUUCAGUGUGGUGCAUGUGAAAAAACUUUUGUUCAAAGUUCUCACCUUAGAAACCAUAUUAAAUCCCAUUUGGACGAAUUUCCUUUUACAUGUGAGAUGUGUGGUAAAGGGUUUUCAGAAAAGGUGGUUUUAGAUGAACAUAUAGAAAUGCAUGAAAGGGAAAAGUGGACCAAACAGAAGAUACUCACAAAAAAUUCUCUAACUCCUCUUGUUAAUACAGAAUAUAUGAAAGCUUGUCAAGAAGCAAACAUUUUAUGUUGUGACGUAUGUGGAAAAGAUUUUCCAACAGUUUCAAAGCUUAAAACUCAUAAAAGAUUCCAUGUUAAAGAGAAAAGAGUUUCUUGUGAAAUAUGUGGGGGAAAAUUUUUUAAUGGAUCUGAUUUAAGUAUACAUCUAAGAACACACACUGGAGAGAAACCAUUUCAUUGCGAGGUUUGUGGGAAAAAUUUCUCCCAAAGUCCUCAUCUUAUACAACACAUACGAAUACACACUGGGGAAAAUCCUUUCCCCUGUGAGAUAUGUGGGAAAAACCUUUCUUCUAGAUCACACUUAAAAAUUCAUAAAAGAUCACAUACUGGAGAAAGGCCUUUCCAUUGUCAAAUUUGUGGUGAUUCAUUUUCAUGUAGUUCUCAUUUAAGUGCACAUAUAAGGAUACAUACUGGAGAGAAACCCUUUAAAUGUGAGGUCUGUGGAAAAUAUUUUUCACAAAAUUCUCAUCUUACACAGCACAGGAGAACACAUACUGGAGAAAAGCCUUUUUCUUGUAAAAUCUGUGCUAAAGGAUUUACUUUAAAAUCUGGCUUGAAAUUUCAUCUCCAGAAACAUUCAUGUUCAAAGACUUUUCAUUGUGAAUUUUGUGAGAGAAAAUUUACAAAUAAUUUCCGUUUUAUACAACACUUAAGAACACAUACUAAGGAAAGGCCUUUUCUCUGUGAAAUAUGUGGGAAGAAAUUUUCACAAAGUUGUAACCUUAAACUGCAUAAGAAAACACAUUCUUGAAAGACGAUUUUUCUAUCUAUCUUUAGAAAUCCAUUAAAUAUUUCCUCUUCAAUA